AUGUCAACGGUCGGUGAGCAAAUUAAGGACAUCAUCCUUAAGGUGUUGCCCAGCCUGUCUGAGGAUACUCAGCAGCGGGUUAUUUCUGAGCUUCAGACCAUGGGUGUGGAAACGGUCGAGGACCUGAAGUACGUGAAGCAGGACGACAUGAGAGACCUCUUACCCAUCACACAGCAGAGGAAACUUCUGGAGGCAUUUAAGACGGGUAUUUAUCAUCAGUCAACAUACAACCCUUUACUCUCAGCUGAUUUAUGAAGUAAGAUUAAACAGAGACUGUGUUAUUGUAUUGUAAUCAAAACCUUCUGUUACCAUGCUACAGUUAAAACCCUGAUGUGAACAAACACUUUAAAUUUUUUAAGAUAAAAAUUGUGAUAAUUUUCUUCGGUUUGUUGUCCGUUUGUGUUUCAGAAGCCUCACCCGUCCCGCUUAAUCUCCAGUUCUUGCCGGUGAACCCAGCUCACAUAAAGCUGCCUACGAUCACCAGCCCACUGCCGUGUUUCUCACCAACCAACUUUUCACUCCAACCAAGUUUCUCACAAGAAGCGACACCUUGUUCAGCAACACCUUGUUCAGCAACACCGUGUUCAGCGACACCGUGUUCAGCGACACCGUGUUCAGCGACACCGUGUUCAGCGACACCGUGUUCGUCUAGAGUUGGAAAACGCACUUCGAACAUUCCAGAUAAAUGGCCUGAAAAUUUUGAAGUGCCUUGGCAUAAAAUGCCAGACGGAGUGAAGUUAGCCAUGGCCAACAUGAGGAGACCUUCACCUGAAAAGCGGCGCCAGAUGAUAAGGAUCCUGGUGGAUGAACUUAGAAAGUGUGACAUAAAUCCUACGCGCCAUGAGUGUCUCAUCGUCUGUCGGAAUAUAGUCCGGCAGUAUCCCAGUAGUUUUGCUGAUAUGACACCAGGAGGUGCCAUCGUUGGUGAGGGCUUCUCUACUCUGCUCUCUCAGGUGAAAAGAAGAAUUGAGAAUCUGAACCGUGCAGGAAUAAUUAAACGGCACCGAUCAUCAGGCCUGUGUAAGCCUGCCGAUUCUUACGGCUGUGUGCACUUCCAGCCGGCCAUGCCGCUGGAUGAAACCGAAGAGACGCUGGAGCUGAAGCGGCAACAGCUGCAGGAUAUCUACAAGAAGGAGGGGAGUCAUGCCAGUGAGAAGGCCCAGGUGAUCAAGCUCAUGAACACAACGUUUUGUCUCCAGCGUAGCCAAAUCAAUUACUCUCUGAUAUCCUCCACUGAAGAUUUAAAAAUCCACUGGCCUUACCUUUUCACCGAGAGAGGUGUCUUCUGUCACUUUGAGUCACUGACUGACAUUAAUGUGCUUCAAUCUUUGGAGCUGUCCAUGAAAGAGUGCGGACACGGGGUAGAGAAGUAUUUAUGGGCAAAAAUGAAGAACAUUGAUCUGCAUUCAGUCGUCUCCAAGGACGGGGAGUUGACUCUCCGGGUCGUUCAGCUCCUGUUGACCUACUUUGACGAGGACACAGAGGGGCUGAUACUCUCUACUAAAGUAAGUUUUUUUUAACGUUGUUGUUUUGAUGUCCACUGUGCAAACAAAACCCACAACUGUGCCCACAGUUUUCACUUAAUCUGGAAACCGUUGUCUGUGUUUUAAAGGCCUGUGCAACAGCAGCGGAUGUUGAAUGCACCCUGGAGCUUCCAGACAGCCCUCGGCUCGUGCUGCUGAGUAAGUACCAGAUACAGAGACUGUCUUUGUGCAUCUUUUACAUUAAGGUGUAAUUCAAAAGAUGUAAAAACACAAGUUGAUGGGUUUCAAACAAUUUAAUCUCUCUUUAAUUGACAAUAUUGUUGAUAUAACUUUUAAAAGUUGCCGUAGGCGCUUGUUUACCUCUGUGUUCAUCACUUCUUUAAGCGUUAAAGAAACAAUAGGCUCUGUUUCUUCAGUUUUGAGGGUAAACUUUUGUCCCAUUCUUGCGUAAUUCAGGAUUUCAGCUGUUCAACACUAUAAGGUCUUAUUUAUUGAGAUGCAGAAAAGUCAGUUUAACUCCUGGACUCUUCUGCUACUGAGCAACACUGUUGUAAGACAAGCAGAAUGUGGUUUAUUAGUUUAAAAGUGUUUUGCUGUAUAAUUUAAGGUCUACCCUGACACAGACUUUGUCCAAAUGGAUGCAUACGUUGACCCAAAACCUGCAUGACUUGUGAUCAGUCUGACCGAGAGAAAGUUUUUUAGUAGGUUCAGGUCCAGAGAAGUCCCUGACAUCUCUGGCUCAUGUUUACACAGUAUGUGAUUUCUUCUUUCAUCGUACAGUUUUAUCCAGAUUUUGUGGAGGUUUAAGUUCUGGGAUUCUUGGUCUUUAGACGUGUUUUUUUAGCCCCUGUGGACAAUCAUGUUGCAGUAUGUGGUUCUUGGCUCUCUCUCUCUUUGAUUUAAUGCCCUUUAGAUAAUGAAACCCUCAAAUUCUUUGCAGUUUUACUCGAAGGAGCAUAUUUUAAAAACCUUCACAGUCUGUUUUCAUCAACAUUUUCCUCAUUAUCUAAACUUUUUCUGAAAUUGUAGUGGUUUUACGUUUCGCAGUUUUCUCUUACUGGCUUUCUCUGUCUGUUAUUUGUCUGUUUCAGUGUCUGAAGAUAAAGCCACAGUUAACCAGUGGAUGAUCAGCAAUGAUGAACAGGUGAUCUGUGAAGGCAGCCAACCAAGUGUCAUGUCUGGGCUCGCUGCACUUUUCGCGACCUACUACGUUUUCAACCUGCAGUAUCAAGAGGAAGCUGCAAAGACGCUGGAGUUUGUCCAAAGGUAAACCUUCUUAGAUUCUGUUUGGUGAUUAUUUUCUCUCUUUAAAGCUCUGUUCAGUAAUGUUUCAUUGACUUCCUGUGUGAUAUUUCCAAAUCUGUUGCUCGUUCAUUCUCAGACGCUUCAUUGGUAUCAAUCCUGAGAGGGGGUCAAAGGCCAACUUCAAGAAGGUGGUGUCAAAGAAGACGGGUAAGCUGGUGCAGAAGAAGGCAGACCCAUUGAACGCUCACGUGGCCACGCUUAUUAAAAACCUCACAGACUUCGAGUGGGGCUUUAUGUAA